AUGGCUUUUGGAUUUUUAAUCUAUAAAUUGUCUUUUUUUUUCUUUUGUCAUGUCAUAUUUUUCUUUGGAGCAGAGAUGACCAGACAGGAUGGAGUUGUAUCUAUGUAUGUAUCUAUCUAUCUAUCAUUACGAGUCUCUUUAUCUUUUGGAGUAAGUCUAUCUAUCUAUCUAUCUAUCUAUCUAUCUUUACGAGUCUGUCUACUUAUUUUUUCGAGUCUGUCAAUCCAUCUUUACGGGUCUUUGUACCUAUCUAUCUAUCUAUCUAUCUAUCUAUCUAUCUAUCUAUCUAUCUAUCUAUCUAUACGGAAGUGUACCUGUGGGUCUAUCUUUACGAAUCUACGGAUUCUAUCUAUCUAUCUAUCUAUCUAUCUAUCUAUCUAUCUAUCCUAUUCAAUAUAUCUAUGGCAUCUCUCUCUUUAUGUAUCUAUCUCUCAUUCUCUUCUAUCUAUCUAUCUAUCUAUCUAUCUAUCUAUCUUUACGAUUCUAUCUAUCUUCACGAUUCUAUCUAUCUAUUUCUCUUUACGAUUCUAUCUAUCUAUCUAUCUAUCUAUCUAUCUAUCUAUCUAUCUAUCUAUCUAUCUAAGCGAAAUUUGA